CGACAGGCCCGGCCAAGCUCCUCCCGCCGCCGCGCCGCGGGGACGUGCAGGCGCUCGGCGGGCCAUGGAGGCAGCGUGGCGGGGGCUGCGGGCGGGCGGCGUGGCGAAGGCCCGUGGCUCCGCGCUGCUGCUGCUGGCGGCGGUGGCGGCGCUGGGAGGCGAGGCGGCGGCGGCAGAGGCGGAGGAGCCGCGUUCGGCGCGGCAGCGAGGGGACGAGCAGUGCCAUUACUACGCGGGAGGGCAGGUCUACCCGGGAGAGGCGGCUCGCCUGCCCGUCUCCGACCACUCGCUGCACCUCAGCCAGGCCAAGAUCUCCAAGCCAGCACCUUACUGGGAAGGAACAGCGGUCAUUAACGGAGAGUUUAAAGAGCUGAAAUUGACAGAUUAUGAAGGAAAAUAUCUUGUCUUCUUCUUCUAUCCUCUUGACUUUACAUUUGUAUGCCCAACCGAGAUAAUUGCCUUCAGUGACAGAAUCGAAGAAUUCAGAGCAAUAAAUACCGAAGUAGUAGCAUGUUCUGUGGACUCAAAGUUCACUCACUUAGCAUGGAUUAAUACUCCUCGAAAACAAGGGGGACUUGGACCUAUGAGGAUUCCGCUUCUUUCAGAUUUGACGCAUCAAAUUUCAAAGGAUUAUGGUGUAUAUUUGGAAGAUCAAGGACAUACACUUAGAGGCCUUUUCAUUAUUGAUGAUAAGAGAAUCCUUCGACAGAUCACGAUGAAUGACCUUCCUGUUGGGAGAUCCGUGGAUGAAACGCUUCGUUUAGUACAAGCAUUCCAGUACACAGACAAACAUGGAGAAGUUUGCCCAGCUGGUUGGAAACCUGGCAGUGAAACAAUCAGACCAGAGGAAGCCAUGAGAGUGUGGUGGCCAAGGGAAGAACUAUAAUUCCAGACCCAGCUGGAAAACUGAAGUAUUUUGAUAAACUAAACUGAGGCUUGCUUCCGUUGAAUUACAUAGGUCCAUGUUCAACUUGAUUUUUGCCAAUAAAAUUUCAUUAAUUUUGUUA